AUGGAAUAUCUCUACGAAGCCACAAAGCAAGGGCGAGAAGAGAACUUCACGAGCUACCUAGCGCGAGCUGACGAUUUCCACGCACAAUACGGACUCGAGAAGCCAUACUUCGGGUGGAAAGUGGUCUCAGGUCUGAAAGAUCAGCACAAAAGCCAGAUCAUUUCCUUCCAUAUGCGACAGGGCAUGAAGGCCGACUAUCUAACAGCACGGAAAAUUAAGCCGUAUCUACGCUAG